AUGGUGAAGAAUAUUUUAUUUCUGUUAAGCACAUUAACAAUAUUCUCUCUUGGUGUUGCUGACACUUGCACCAAUCCCCAGGUAGCAGCUACAGCGUAUACUACUAAUGAUGCUACAGUAUUGACUAACAUAGCUUUUGUGGCAGAAUUUCAGUUAUCUUGCAGCAGCAAGGUAAAUAGUUUGCCCUUAUAUGCUGAGAUAAAUGGGAGAACAGUACCUGCUGCCAGAUUGUCAGAAGCUAACAAGUAUCAGGUUAGCUGGACUGAAGAUUUGAAGAAGGCCAGAAGUGGUGAUUACAAUGUCAAUUUGUAUGAUGAAGAAGGGUAUGCAGCCUUAAGAAAAGCUGCAAGAAGUGGUGAAGAUCCUUCUGCAGUGAAACCAUUGGUUACUAUUGUAGUCAAUUAUCCCGGAGCCUAUCAAGGACCUUGGGUGAAUACAGACUUCAUGGCUGCAGUAUUAGCUGUAUUAGUGUGGUAUCUUGCAUUCUCUGCAAAAUCGAAACUACUUGCUUAA